AUGCCAUCCUCAGAAGUUUUGAACAAGGCCUUCAAUGAGGUAACUGCUGGCGUGCUCCAAAUUUUGGCAAGAGCCUUGCAGUCGAGCGAAGGUCCCACCGGCCACCUGAACAUGGCCACAGAGAUGGCAAACAUCAUGACUCCGGCAUUUCAAACUCAUGCACAGUCAGCAACUGAAAUCCCACCGAUCCUGCUUUUGGCGGCCAUGGAAUUAAUGGAGCAUGUAGAUCGUGUUAGUCAGACAUCAUUUCUUAGUGUCCCGGUGUGGAACAACAUCAAGUCUAAUGACUCUCGCAUCGAGCGCCAUCAGUUAUAUGGCAAGGCUCACAAGGUAAUUACUGUAUCGGCCCCAGCACCGAUGUCGCAACCUCCAGAUGCACCACCGGUCAAGGUGACAAAUACACCAGCAGUCCCUUCAGUGGUAGCAAAGUCCAAGCCGCCUGGAAGAUCUGUCACGCGGAAGACGCCGAUAGACUUGUGUGAGGACAGUGACAAAGUCGAAAUUGUUGGGGAUAUCAGCCAAAGUGAUGCUCUCCACAAGAGGAAGUGGAGGUCUACUGGUGCAUCCGAAGAGGUCGCCAUGUGCCAUGAAGACAAGGUCAUCGCGCCAGCGAUUGUGGACAAAGCUGAGGAUGUCGCCCCGGGCAAUACAAAUACAACGCUGACUAGACCGAGGCCAAAGCCGAAAAGCAAGCGGGUGGAGAUAGUAGUGUCGUCUGGGUCUGAGGUCCCAACGGAUAGGCAAGGGAAGGGAAGGGAAGUUACGUUGCCAUCAGAGAUACACCAGCAGGACCGUGAGUGGAAGAAGUCUAGAGAUGUGAGUUCUGGCAGGCUGCCGAAACAGGCCUCUAACCAUCCUCCGCUGAUGCGAAAUGCUGGUGAUCAACGGAAGCCAUGGUAUGAGGUUCAGGUCGGGAGCUUUGUCAUUCUAUCUUUAUGUUUGUCUCAUUACUGUAUUCUCCAGAAAAGGGCCAGCACUAGGACUGCCACACGCGACCGGCAACAAAGUGAAGCUAUGUUGGCGGAACAAAAGGCAAUGGUCACCCCUGAGCCUGUGGGUACCAGGAGCACGGCAAUGCAGGCUGAUGUCAAUGCUGUAAGCUCCCAAAAUGCCUUCAGUCUUCCUCCAUCUUAUUCGGUAAAGAACACUCCCACCGCCGCAAUUCCACUCAUGCCGCCUCCUCGUCCAACUCAAUCGCCUCUGUCAUUCACCGAAGAAAUGGAAGUUGACGCGUCCAGUGACACGGUUGCGAAGGAUUUGCAGGCCAUGACACUAGAGGUGAAACUUGAUUCGGUGUCGCCCCUCGCGGUGGUUCAGGACACCAUCAAUGACCUUCAGACUCAGGUGGCCGACAUCCGAACUCGGAACGCUCAGAUGGCCGAGUUGGUUCAAAUCAUGAACGGGUGCCUUGCUGCUCAGGAUACUGACAUCCGAGCUAUGGAGAAAAUGUGUGCCGAGAUCGCUGUAUUGCAAGAGGAGGUGAAGGCCUUGCAUGCCGAAUUUCAGACUCGUGAGGCUCAGAUCCGGAGCGCUGAUGCAAUGUUGACUGCACAAGGACAUCGUACCACCGUCCUGAUGGAUGCCUAUGAGUCCAUCCAGCAAUGUGUUGUCCCCAACCCACCCGUACCUCAUUUUAAUAAUGCUGUGUUCUUCCCCCCCGCCGGUCAUCCAGUCCCAUACAGUCAAGGCAUGAGUGCCGGGCAGGCGCAGGCAAUGGAACGGCUUUAUUUCAAUUUCACCCCAGGUCUGUCUACAAUUGCAGGUACUUCCGUUCCAAGUAUCGUCGCCGCACACGCCGGACCUUCAGGUUCCCAGAUCAACCAUCCCUUUGGUGAAUCGGCAUCUGGGAAGGGUCCCGCCGCUUAA